CUUGUAAUGGAAGAAAAUGGAGCUGACCAUGACGUUGCUAUGGAAGGAUCUGAUGAUUUGUUCAUAGGCAACUGUAAUAGUACAGGAGAGUCAGAAACAAAUGAUCGUGUUUUUCAGCAUCUAACCUGCAUGGAUUCCAGGGAUCCGUUGUUUGGACAGAGUGACUCUCCUGCAGCCUUGCCCAUCACAGUAUGCCUCUCGGGCAGUUCUCCAUCAUCGGCUGCACCCGCACGGCCACCCCAGCCACAGCCUCACUCUGCAGAGGAGUCCCACCUGGCACACAAACCGGGGCAGCCUCUCUAUGAGCUGCAGCCCCUAGGAGGGCCCAGUGCGCCGAUGAUGAUUGUCGCUAGCCAGUCAGAAAACGGACAGGUGCUGCAUGUCAUUCCUUCUGCCCAGCCAGGAAUGGCCCAAGUGAUUAUUCCUCAAGGUCAACUUCUGGAUAUGACCAGCAUGCAGGAUGUUUCAGAAGAGAAGUGUGGUGAUGGGAACUUGCAGACUGUGGCGGUGGCUGCUAUAGCAGACAGUGCGAGCAGUUACAUUCUACAUCCACAGGCAUCUCUCACCGUAUCGAAAAAAACAAGCACCAGGGUAGUGGAAGAUCCCUUUCCCAUCCCUCUCCAGCCAUUGCCACCAAAUACGCCUGCAUGGGCACGCCGUCUCAGGAACUGUGAGAAAAUUGGGGACUCGUACCGCGGCUAUUGUGUGAGCGAGACAGAAUUAGAGAGUGUUCUAACGCUACACAAGCAGCAAACACAAAGUGUGUGGGGGACGCGCCAGUCUCCAAGCCCAGCCAAACCUGCCACACGGUUGAUGUGGAAAUCUCAGUAUGUCCCAUAUGAUGGGAUCCCCUUUGUCAAUGCAGGAAGCAGAGCCAUUGUAAUGGAGUGCCAGUAUGGGCCAAGGAGGAAAGGGUUCCAGCCCAAAAAAGCUGGUGAGCAGGAAAGCACUUCUGGUCAUCUGUACAAAGCCACUUGUCCAGCAAGGAUCUAUAUUAAAAAGGUUCAAAAGUUUCCAGAAUACAGAGUUCCUACUGACCCUAAAAUUGACAAGAAAAUCAUAAGAAUGGAGCAGGAGAAAGCAUUCAACAUGCUGAAGAAGAACUUGAUAGAUGCUGGCGGUGUCCUCAGGUGGUAUGUACAGCUACCCACUCAGCAAGCCCACCAAUAUCAUGAAAUGGAAACCUCCUGCCUCCCUUCUUCACCGUCCCAUUUUUCUGUGUCUCCUCCUGAGGAGGAGGAGGAAGUUGUUAGAGAUGAGAACUGUACUCUGCCUUCCCGACUUCAUCCUCAAGUGGCAGACAAGAUCCGAGAACUGGUGUCUCAGGGAAUAGAGCAGGUCUAUGCAGUGAGGAAACAACUAAGAAAGUAUGUGGAAAGAGAAUUAUUCAAGCCUGAUGAAGUGCCAGAAAGACAUAACCUGUCCUUCUUCCCCACUGUGAAUGACAUCAAGAACCACAUUCAUGAAGUGCAGAAGUCCCUGAGGAAUGGCGAGAUGGUGUAUAAUUCAGAAAGUAUCCCAGCAACGCUGCAGUGGACCACAGACAGUGGGAAUGUUCUCACAGAAACAGUGACUGUUACGUUUGCGUCACCACCUUCAGAUGGGAGCUCAGCAGGGGAGUCAGUCGUCACCAAAACAGAAGUCAACCAGAGCGGGGAGUCCUUGCUACCAGAAACAGCUCAGCUGUUGUCUUCGCUCUCUUCACUUCAGCCCAAGAUAUUUGCACAACUUCAGGGAUUACAGCUGCAGUCAACUUUUACCUCCACAAAUGGAUCAACAGCCCUGAUAGCUGUAAAUAACCAUUCCCCUCCCAGCCCUGCAAGUCUCCUGGAUUCCAUAGGGAGUGCAAUAACCAACCAUUCUCUAGUACUUAGUCAGGGACACAGUCUGCAAGCAGGUGCUGGCCUAACACAGCAUAGCGCUGCUGCCUCUGCUUUUGGGACUCCGCCUAGCUCUGAUCAGAGUCUGGUCACCAUGGGCCAGUUGGUAGCAGUUGGAGGGGUAGAUGACUCCAGAAGGCUAGAAGGAGGAGUCCAUCAAAUUCUCUUGGGAGACGUACAGACUAUUCCAGUACGGAUUGUGGACAGCCAUCCAGCACUUACUGAAGAAAAUACAGAGGGUGUUAUCUGUGUGAGCCAAGUUAAACAAGAGCCAAGAGAAAAAGCAUUGUCUAUGGAGCCAGAUAAAAUCAGACUGCCAUAGUUCCUCACCUAUUUAAAUCUGUGAAGCCUGGAAGGAUUUUUCGAACCGGAGAACUCUAAAUGUCUUGGAAGGAAAGGCAGGUGCUCUAAAAGUAAUGCCAUUCUUUUUAAGUUGUAUUGUGACAUUCAGACUAGGCAUAUUUUACACUAGUUUUGACAGACAGCUGUUUCAAUUUAUGACUGAUGUGGCUCACUGCCAAUUCCAGGACAUUCAGUUGCCCUGUGGAACACCACCUCUCUCUUCAAUUUCAAGUUUUGAGUAAUUUGGAUGCUAUCCAAAUGGCCCAUUUUGGUCGACAUUUCUGAAGGUCUUCCACAAUUUAAUUCCUUAGCUUUAGAACGUGGAUCACAAUCCUGGGUUUGCUUUUCUCCUUGAGACCCUCGACUGUUACGGCACUACAGAAAUCAUAGAGUCUGCCAGCUCCGAGACCACAGAAUCCAACAACAAAGUGUAUCAAUACAGCAAUGGUUUUGUGACAAAACAAAGGUCCAAGAUGCUAAAUUUCAAAGUGAUGAAGGACAUGGAUGCUUAAGAAAAUGCAACUUUGACCCGAUCAUAAUGUUAAUGGUGUGAAGAUCAAGGAGAGGAGAAAGGUCAGAAGCUAUCCAGCAGGUCUAUCCAACAAGCAUCAACUAAGAAGUUGUACAAGCCUGCAAAGGACAUGGAGAUCAUGAAGAAAGUGUGUAAGAACUUAUGGGAGGACCUGCAGGAACGGAACGGAGGAGAUUAAGGGUUGAUGACAUGACUUCUAUAAAGCCCACAAUCUUUGGUGGGAGGAAGAGGAUUUUUCAAUAGAGAAUAAAAAACAGGAAGCAUUCCAAACUGUCCUUCAAAACCACCAUGUUCAGAGGCUCAAAGGAUCACUUACCUCUGAGAGUACUCCAGAUAACCGGCAAGAGACCCAGAAUGGAGAACAGAAGAGGAAGUGAAGUUUGGGGAAAAAAA